UGAUGCCUAUGGUCCAAAAACUCAUGUAAGGUGGAACAAGCGUGUUUUUGGCACAUUCUUCCAAACAUUAUAAUGAUCAUAUGGAUUCCAAAUGUUAUACUACAAACCAAAUUUUAGAGGGUGGUUUUUGGCAAAUGUCUAAAAAUCGUCGCCGACUUUGCCUGUUUCCUUCUACGACAGCAGACACGAAGCGAGUGUUUUGCUACCGUUACCGACGGAGAAGAAGAAAAGGCGGAAGUUAGCAUAGCAACUCAUACUCUGUCAAAGAGGGUGCAAGGUUCAAGUAUUUUGUUUUUCGUGCCUGUUACUUUUUUAUAACAGCGAAAUGUUGAAAGAAUUGGUAAGGGAGCGACUCAUUGCGGCUGCCGACGAAAUCUUCGGCCUGUUUGAAAGAACCAUAACGUCGUACGAGGAGCAACUUUGUCGCGCGCGAGAGGAAAGCGAGCGACACCGACGACAACUGCAGGCCAUCUGCAAGACUCAAGUUGUUAUACGCGUCGAAGAUGUCCAGCAGCUGAUUGGUCGUCAGGAAGAGCUUUCUCAUCAGCUACAGUGCAGGGUACCCAGUUUGGAGCAGGAGCAUACACAGCCCCCCAAUAUUAAAAAGGAAGAGGAUUUAGGUCCUCCUCAAAUUAAAGAGGAAACAGAUGAUCCGGAGCCCCCCAUGUUGGAGAGGAUGAUCUGCUCCUACGAAAAUAUGGAAGACAAAGAGGCUGACGCCAACAAGUUGUCACUGCCUGGAGUCUCUGUGAAGAGUGAUUAUAAUGAGGACGGAUCAACUGAUUGGCCACAGCUUAGUCAUCUUAGUCCAAAUGGAGACCACUGUGGAGGACCACCCCUGGAUAACCUCUCAGCUCCAAUGUCAGACAGUGAUGAUGUGGAAGAACCUUUGGGGAGCGACGGAGUUUUGCAAAGUGAUGAUAAACAGUCUGAGUGCUCUCAAAAGGACAUAAAUCUUGAGAGCAAGUCGCAAAGGCGUAAAAAAAACCUUACCUGCUCACAUUGUGGGAAACGUUAUCCUAACAAAUCAAAAUUGAUUAAACACUUGAAGAAUCACACAGGAGAGAGACCCUUUAGUUGUGAAGUUUGUAGUAAAGCAUUCUCUCGAAAGCAACACCUAGCACUACACGUGAAAACACACAUGGGAGAAAAGCCAUUUAUUUGUGAAGUUUGCAGUCAAACAUUCUCUCAAAAGCAACACCUGGAAUUACAUAUGAAAAAACACACAGGAGAAAAACCUUUCAGUUUAUUACUUACUCAGUUGGCUGCCAAAUAUUCUCUCGAAAGCAACACCUGGAAUUCUACUUGAGAAGACACAAAGGAGAACAAUGUUUUAGUUGCUCAGUUUAUCUGGACACUUUUAUAAAAAAAAAAAAUCUGAUUAAAAGCAUGGUCGGAACAAAAAUGCUUCUUUUACACACCCCGUUCGGAAUAUUCUACCCUGAACCAGGCCAUUCCGACCAUGAUUCUAUUCCGAAUGAGAGGGGUGGUUGAUGCCAAUUGAUAAUCCGAUCGGCACGCAUCAAAACCCUUUAUUCCAAAAUUUUUGGAACAAACAGUCCUUACCUGUGACGUCAGCACAAUAUAUGGAUUUGUUAUUGCUGGAGCUAAUAAAGAUCUUUAAAAUGCUGAUGCUGAUACUUGAUGGUGGUCUGGAAAAAUACACGAAAUAACGCUAACCUUUAAUGUCUUAACGGACAGAACAUGUUUUGUUGACAUGGAAGUCAUGAAUGUGUACACAGCGUAAUUAUGCUGCUAAAUCAGUGCAAAUUGACGAUAAAUCUUCAUGAAAAACUUGGCUUCAUCCUUUGGCACAUCAAUCUGCGCACGUCAAAAUAAUUUGUCCUGACUGAUGUUCUGAUGCAUGAACACGCAAGACCUAAUCGGAUCAAUAUUUUUAGUGUCCGCAGACACAGUGCAUCCGAUCCUAAUUUUAAUCCAAACAGUGAUCGGAUUGAAGAAAUUUUGUCCAUGUAAACAUACCCAGUGAAGCAUUAUUUCAAAAAAGAAGUUUGGUAAGUCAUGUGAAGGAACAAAGAAAAUGAAACCCUUUUCACUUUGCAGCAAAACAUGAGCUGAGCAAGUUCAAAUGAACCUCGACCUCCCGCCACGCUAUCACUGGGCUUUAUAGCCAUUGUUAAAUUGUUUCCCCCGAUUGUAAAAUAAGUGUUUCACCAAAACCAUGAAUGCUGAUUCACCCCUCCUAGUCAAAAAUGGACAUAGAUUGCCAUCAAUGGCAGCCAAUGAGUUUAAUGUAAAAAAAAAAAAAAAAUCAAAUUUGUGCAUGAAGAAAAGGUCAUAAAUUUACCAUCAAUUUGCGGUAGGCAGUAAAUUUCCAGACAGUAAGCAAUGUUGUGAUUG